GGCCGGAUAGUGUCUUAGGCGAGGGAGGGUUUGGUUCAGUUUUUAAGGGAUGGAUUGAUGAGCAUUCACUGGCUGCUACAAAACCAGGCAUAGGAAUGAUUGUUGCCGUGAAGAGGCUUAACCUAGAUGGGCUCCAGGGUCACAAGGAAUGGUUGGCUGAAAUCAACUAUCUGGGGCAACUUCAGCAUCCUAAUCUUGUCAAGUUGAUAGGAUACUGCUUGGAGGAUGACCACCGGCUUCUGGUUUAUGAAUUUAUGCCUAAGGGUAGCGUCGAGAAUCAUCUGUUCAGAAGAGGUUCCUAUUUCCAGCCAUUCUCUUGGAAUUUGCGAAUGAAAAUCGCUCUUGGGGCUGCACGAGGUCUUGCUUUUCUGCAUAGUCCAGAAGUUCAAGUCAUAUACCGCGACUUUAAGACUGCAAACAUCCUCCUUGAUACUAAUUACAAUGCGAAACUUUCUGAUUUCGGGUUGGCCAGAGAUGGUCCAACAGGUGAUAGAAGCCAUGUCUCUACUCGGGUCAUGGGAACACGGGGAUAUGCGGCGCCCGAGUAUCUAGCAACAGGUCACCUCACCUCUAAGAGUGAUGUGUAUAGUUUUGGAGUAGUUCUUCUCGAAAUGAUAUCAGGGAGAAAAGCAAUAGACAAGAACCAACCAACUGGAGAGCACAACUUAGUUGAAUGGGCCAAGCCUUAUCUGUCGAAUAAACGCAGAGUUUUUCGUGUAAUGGAUCCUCGUCUUGAAGGCCAAUAUUCCCAGAGUCGAGCACAGGCAGCAGCCGCCCUUGCAAUGCAAUGUCUUGCGGUUGAGCCUAAGGCCAGGCCGAAUAUGGACGAAGUGGUAAGCAUUGGAGCAGCUUCAGGAAUCAAAAGACUCGCACAAAAGAAGCACUAAUCCGAAAGAGCAUCACACGCGUGGUUCCAGCCAUCUCAAUGGCCGUCAUGCUCCUGGCAAAGGCAGUGCAGAUGCUCCCAAAAUGGCCUCGGCUUAUCCACGGCCCUCAGUUUCUCUUCUUCAGUGAUGAAAGAG